UAUUGAAUUAUAAUAAUAUUUUCUUGACAUAUUUAUAUUUCCGUCAUUAUAUUACUAAACAUUGCAUGAACGAAUGAGCGUGAUUAUAUGUUAUGGCUUUACUUUACUAACCGAUUUUGUGACUACGAAGACGGAUACGGAAUUAGGCUUAUUAUUUACUAAAUGUUGUGUGGAUUAGCAAGCUUUAUUGUGAUUGGGUCUUUUUUAUUUUAUUUCAGUUGAAUUUUGAGAUUAAUAAUGAAACGAGCAGAUCAUAUUUUACAACUAUUAAAUAAUAACUGUAAUGAAAAUAAGAGGCAAGAACAGUAUGAAGAGAUGGGAACCGGAAGUUCUGAAGCGUGUGAGAAGGAAAACUAUUUACAACCAUUGAAUAAGGCGACGGAUGAAGGUAUUGGUAUCAAUUCUGUAAUUUCACCGCAAGUCGGACCUGAACAGCGGAUUUUAGCACCAAUGUCACAGAACACGAGAGUUCGGUCUAGUAGUACAUCGUCAUCCAGUUCUUCCACAUCAACAUCUUCAAGCUCCAGUUCAUCGUCAUCAUCGGCAGAGGCUUCUACAUCGGCGAAACAGUACAAACAUGACGUGAACAUUGACAGCUCACCUUCAGUCAUACCAGGUACGCCAGAGCCUUCAACUAGCAAAAAACGUUUAGAUACAGUCAUCAACUACCACCAAUCCCCUGUGAAUUCUGAAGAAUCAGACGUUGAUCUAAGUGAUACUGAUCCCACUUAUAAUAUCUCAUCAACACAACCACCACGUCGGAUUAGUUCAUCAACCACCAUGUCAGAUAGUGAAAAUGAUAUAAACGAUGCAAUUGUUUCAUAUGAAUUAGUUACUCAAACCAAAAAAUCUAGAAAGCGCCUCCGCAAUCCAUCUCAGUGGAAACAAAACAUCGUGAAAUCGCUUCGAAACAGUGGGAAAGCCUAUAAAUCACUCUCAAAAUCUAAUAAAGAGGUCCCUGCUAAAAGAGUAAAAGAUAGUUGCGUUUGUAGAUUUCAUUGUUCUGAUAACAUAACACCUGAUAAGAGACGCGAGAUAUUCGACUGUUAUUGGAAGCUUAGUAAUAUAGACUUGAAGCGAUCUUUUAUCCAAUCUUGUAUGAUGGAGGUAAACCCCAAAUAUAAGUACACUAAUGCUGCCAAUCCUCGCAAACCAAAUACGGCCUUUUAUUUUACUGUUGAUGGCAAAAAAAUCCGCGUAUGUAAAACUUUUUUUAUAAAUACUUUAGACAUAACAGAAAGACAAAUAAGAACUGUGAAAAUGAAAACUAAUUCCACUGGAUUUGUAGCAGAAGAUCUUAGGGGCCGUUCUAGAAGCCGAGCGCCGAUCGAUCCAAGUCUUGUACAAGAUAUCAAAAACCAUAUUAAUAGUAUACCGCGCAUAGAGUCCCAUUAUCUAAGAUCUUCUACUACAAGAGAAUAUAUUGAUGGCAGCAAGAGUAUAAAAGAACUAUGUAGAGACUUUAACACAAAUCAAACCAAAGAAAACAAACCCCACGCUGCAUACUGGAUCUAUUACUUGAUAUUUACAACUGAAUUUAAUAUAAGCUUCUUUCAACCCAAAAAGGAUUUGUGUGAUUUAUGUACAAGUUAUGAAUUAGCAUUAUCAGAAGAAAAGUUAGGUAUACAAGAAAAGUAUGAAAAGCAUAUUAAAGAAAAGAAUCUGUGUAGAGAGGAGAAGAGAAAUGAUCGUUCUAACAUUAAUGAAACAAACAUUUGCGCCGUUUACGACUUAGAAGCUGCAAUGACUUGUCCUAAGGGUGAUGUUUCUUCGUUUUAUUACAGAUCUAGACUUAACUGUUAUAAUUUUACUAUAGUUGAACUAGCUCCUAAAUCAAAAGAUAGCAAAAAACAGAAAAAUGAUAGUGACUUAGGUGCAUAUAAAGAUGUAUACUGUUACUUUUGGAAUGAAACACAGGAAAUUAAGUGA